AUGGUGCCGGUGCACGCGGCUGCAGGCCGAAAGAAGAAACCUCGAAGGCGCGGUGAAUCCGUGGCGGCAAGUGCGGACGUGCGCGCGCAGCGGCGGCGGAGGCGGGCGCGGGCGGUGCGCGGGCCAGUGGCGUGCAGCGCGCGCCGCGGACGCCCGCACCGCAGUGUCGAGCAGGAGCCCGCCAUGCCCGGCCCGCGCCUCUCACGCGCCGCCUGA